CCACAUGCUGUCUUCCAUGUGCUAGUCCACCGUGACCUUAUUAGGAUAAACAGAAGAACCGUAGUUUUGCCCUGCUAUCAGUCCUUGCAGACGAACGUGUCCAGCCAUGACAAGACUCCUUUGCGUCGUCCUCGCUGUUGUAGUUGCUGUCAAUGGUCAGAACGGGAACGAUUUAAGCCGCUGCCCAUCCAAUCUCAAGCGUAACCAGUAUCUCUACAGCCAUGGAGAAUACUGUUACGAGUUUGCGAUCGCUGAACACCGCUACUGGAAAGGCGCAAGAGACUACUGUGUGGCCGACGGCGGGCAUCUUGUGAAGAUUGAUAACAUGGACAAGGAGUUGUUCCUCGUUAGCACCCUCUUACACUUGGACUUCCAUGACAAGGCGAUAUGGAUAGGCCUGAAUGAUAUACAGCAGGAAGGAGUGUACACUUGGACGAAUGGUGAGCUGGCAACGUUCACGUAUUGGGCCCCUGGAGAGCCGAGUUUUCUCCACAACUUCGAGGACUGCGUGGCAAUGAAGGUGACGGACUCAGGUCACUGGCACGACUUCCCCUGCGAGCUGAUCUCCGACGCCUUUGGAAGUAUCUGUCAAUACGACAUGCUUCCAAAACCUACCGACGACCCUGGACUGAUCAUAGGUCAGGCUACAGCUGGUAAGGUCACAUCCUACAACCAGCAUCCCAUCUCCUACAAGCCAUCUCCUACUACCCACAUCCUACCACCUACAACCCACAAACCUACCGACGACCCUGGACUUAACAUAGGUCAGGCUACAACAGCUGGUAAGGUCAUAACCUACAACCAGCAUCCCAUCUCCUACAAGCCAUCUCCUACUACCCACAUCCUACCACCUACAACCCACAAAACAUCCGACGACCCUGGACUUAACAAAGAUCAAGCUACAACAGCUGGUGUGGUUCCCGUAACACAGGUUAACGGCGGACCUAUCACAAACGGGCAACAACAAACUGACGCACCGACAGUCCAUUCAACUGGCUCUAAGCCCCUAAUCGGUUAAUCCACACACGCCUCACUUAUACAUCCAAAGCCUUCUCGUCGUUGAAAAAUAAAACAAAUCUUGAUUCUUUUUCAUCUGA